GUCCUAACAAAUAAAGAAGUAACAAUUGCAAUUGUGAAUCGACAUGAGAGAGACGAGCAAUCUCUGAACAAAACUAUUUUAUUACUGUUUUUAUGGACAAAUUUUGGACAUCUCCAGACCCUUGUCUGCUCCCAAUCCAAGAAACCCUUUUCCCUCUCACUCACAAGCACCCAGGAACCCCUGCAUUGUCUUCUCCAUUAUGGCUCUCUACCUCCCCGCUUUAACUCUCAUUCUUCUUCUUGCUACUUCCAGAGGUGUUUCAGCUGCCACCUUCACAUUUGUUAACAGAUGCGACUACACUAUAUGGCCUGGCAUUCUCGCUAAUGCAGGUAGUCCUAGACUUGACAGCACCGGAUUCGAGCUCCCUAAAGAUUCUUCCCGCUCGUUUCUUGCUCCUUCAGGCUGGUCGGGCCGCUUCUGGGCCCGAACCGGCUGUAACUUCGGCGGAUCCGGAGCCGGGUCCUGUUCCACCGGAGACUGUGGGUCCGGUCAAGUUGAGUGUAAUGGACUUGGAGCCGCUCCUCCCGCCACUCUGGCGGAGUUCACUCUGGGGUCGGGUGGCCAGGACUUUUAUGACGUCAGCCUCGUCGACGGGUACAACGUGCCCAUGCUUGUGGAGACAUCGGGUGGGUCGGGUCUAUGCGCUUCGACGGGCUGCUCUACGGACCUGAACCAGCAAUGUCCGGCGGAGUUGAGGGUCGGUGAGGGAGACGCCUGCAAGAGCGCGUGUGAGGCGUUUGGGAGUCCUGAGUAUUGUUGCAGUGGCGCGUUUAAUACACCCGCCAGCUGCAAACCGUCUGUGUACUCGGAGAUGUUCAAGUCCGCUUGUCCAAAAUCUUACAGCUACGCAUACGAUGAUGCCACUAGCACGUUCACAUGCAGCGAAGCUGAUUAUACGGUGACUUUUUGCCCGUCUUCUUCUCCUAGUCAGAAAUCUUCAAGUUAUGCAACACCAACUACAGGAUCAACAUCAGAGCAGCAACAAGGUUCAGGAUCCGGGCUAGAGUAUUCGGGUAAUGAAUAUGGAUCGGAGUAUACUCCUGAUUCCGCUGCUGGUACGGGAUCCGGAGGAAGCAAUAUGUUGGCAGAUGGGUCAUAUUUAGCUGGUUUGGCCAUGGGAGAUUCACCAAGAACAGCUUCACUUAGUGCUCUUCAAUUUGCAGUUGUGGCCUUUACAUCUCUUUCUCUAAUGUGCUCAUGUUUCUUCUACUCAUAGUAGUCCCACUCUUUCAAUAUAAUUUAUGGUCUUUUUGUAUGUGAAUUCUUUUUAUGUUUUCAGCCAUUGGUAAGAAAGCUGACUAGAUCGUUAUUCCAGAUUGUAAUCCACUCACCAACCCAUUUCAGGAUUUCAGGAAUUUUGAAUGUUAGAUAUUAAAAAAUGCUUGUUCCUGCAUAA